AUGUCUUCAUUGUCUUCAUCUAAAACGGUGCAUGAAUACUUUGAACAAAGUAAAGUGUCAGAUUGGGACAUUAUUGGAUUCCUCACUAAAUGUAGCCUAGAACCUUAUAUGAAAAAAAUAGAGUGUUACCUAACGUCCCUCGAAUUAAUCGCUGAUACAAAUGAUAGUCAAAGUCGUAAAAAAGCACAAGAACUCAUAAAACUUUACAAGGAUCUUCAGGAUGCCUAUCAUUCAAGUCUUCGAGAUGAGCCACGAAAACAGUGUUGGGGCGCAGUAAACAGUGGUACAAUUAAUGGUGUU